GUUCACCUCGCUUUUCAUAACUGAUGUACAGUGACAGCUGUUUUCCACACCGAUGUGUCUGUACGCUUAACUACGGCAGCACCCCACCUAGAAUUGCAACAGACUUAAGCUAUCCUCGGUUAUAUAAUGAAUGUGCUUGUAGCUCCUUUUAGUGUGGUGAUAAACGGAGGGUUUUUCUCAUUCAACUCAGGAAAUUAGCUUGAUGGUUAGCUAGAUAGCAGCAGGUUAAGACGUAGCGGAACAUUCAUUCCUCACGAAGAAAAAAAAACAACAGGCUCAACAGCCGUUUCACUUGAAUUAUUCACCUUGUUGGAAAGUUUGACAAUCAUGUCCUCCAGCCCCCCACACAACUUCUCCUGGGUAGAGCCAGGCAAACUGGCAGGACUGGCAAUGCCCAGGAUGACAUGUGAAUACCAGUACCUGCUGGACAAUGGAAUAAAACACCUGGUUUGCCUGUGUGAGAGAAAACCACCGUACCAUGACUCGUGCCCAGAGUUGCAGCUGCACCACAUCAAGAUAGCUGACUUCACUCCUCCUUCACCGAGUCAGAUUGAUAGAUUCCUUUCUAUCGUGGAAGAGGCCAACUCCAAGGGGGAGGGCGUAGGAGUUCACUGCAUGCAUGGCCAUGGCAGAACAGGGACCAUGCUGGCCUGUUACCUGGUGAAGACGAGGAAGAUUUCAGGCAUUGAAGCCAUCAAUGAGAUCCGCAGACUUCGGCGGGGCUCAAUCGAAACUCAUGAACAAGAAAAAGCAGUGGUACAGUUUUACCAGCGCACAAAGUAACUUUUACACAGGGACUAAACCAACAGUUUUGCAUCUGUUAGGAAGCAAACAUCCAAUGAUUAUUAUUACUUUUAAUAAGUACAAAAUAAUAGAAAGAAGUGCCUCAGUUAUACUUCUAAAUUAAUACUUUAUUGGCUAGGAUUAGGAAAAUACAAAAAAGUAUGUUUAAACAAGCAACAA